GGAACUGAUUGAUCUCAAAAUGGUUCAGUGUGAGAGGGUUGUGAAUGAUGUCUUGGAGACCGUGGACUUUAUAGCACCAGAUGAGAGGGUUAUGUUCCGCACUUGUAAUAAAGAGAAAGACCGUGUUGUCUUUCAGAUGGGAAACAUGGGGGCAGUGGUGGCUCAAGUGGUUAAGGCUCUGGGUCGUUGACCGGAAGAUCAGGGGUUCAAGCCCCAGCACCGCCAAGUUGCCACUGUUGGGUCCUUGAGCAAGGCCCUUAACCCUCUCUGCUCCAGGGGCGCCGUGUCAUGGCUGACCCUGCGCUCUGACCCCAACCUCCAAGGAUGGGAUAUGCGAAGAAAGAAUUUCACUGUGCUGUUAUGUAUAUGUGACAAAUAAAGGCUGUUUCUGUUUUUCUUUCUGUUUCUUUGUGUAUGCAGGGAACAGCUGAUCCAGAGAGAGCACUGGCAGUAGCUAAACUUGUUGAGAACGAUGUAGCCGCUAUUGAUGUGAAUAUGGGAUGUCCAAAGGAAUACUCUACCAAGGGCGGAAUGGGAUCUGCGCUCCUUUCUGACCCUGACAAGAUCGAGGCUAUUCUGACCAGACUUGUGAAGGGCAUUUCAAAACCAGUGACCUGCAAAAUUCGAAUCCUUCCCAGUCUGGAGGAAACGCUUGGUUUGGUGAAGAGAAUUGAAAAAACAGGUGUGGCAGCGAUAGCAGUGCAUGGCAGGAUGAAAGAGGAGAGACCACGGCACGCAGUCCACUGUGAUUACAUUCGAGCUGUAGCUGAAAACGUCUCUAUUCCGGUGAUCGCAAAUGGCGGCUCUCUCGAUCCCAUAAAAACAUUUGAUGAUAUCGAGCAAUUUCGAGAGGCAACAGGAGCGUCCUCUGUCAUGUUAGCUCGGGCCGCUAUGUGGAACCCUUCGAUAUUUCGCUGCCAGGGAAUGGUGUCAGUAGAUGAGGUUAUGGAAGAAUAUGUCAAAUAUGCUGUUUGCUAUGACAACAACACAUUCAACACUAAAUACUGCCUGUGCCAGAUGUUAAGGGAGAGAGUGGAAUCGCCGAUGGGCAAACAACUUCAUGCAGCGCAGACCAAUGAAGAAAUCUGUGAGGUGUUUGGAAUGAGUGAUUUCUAUAAGAAAGCCCAGGCUGAGCUGGAAGCCCGCAAAAAAGCCCUUGAUGCCAACAGCAGCAGUCUUCCAGACCAGCCUGUACUGGACGGAGAUGUCAUCACUAUGGCCAUCAAGUUUGAAAGGAGAGAGUAUCCCCCUCAGAUCACCCCAAAGAUGUACUUGUUGGAAUGGAGCAGGAAGGAGAAGCUGGAGCAGCCUGUGUAUAAAACGGAACAACGUGCCCAAGACAGAUGUUUUCAGUCUACAGUAAUAGUGGCAAAUAAGAAAUAUAGGUCCACGCUAUGGGAGAAGUCUAAGAAAUUUGCUGAACAAGCUGCUGCUAUUGUGUGUUUGCGAACACUCGGUGUACCAGAGGGACGUAUCGGAGAGGGCUACUCAGGACUGGUAAACAAGCGAAAAAGGGAAGAGAAAAAAAGCGCCAUUUCAGAGGACGACAGCAUGACAGACUUAGCACACAGGAAGAGACGGCUCACUGAGCCAUCGCAAAAAGAGGAACAAGGAUCAAAUGACAAUCUGGUGGUAGUGAAUGGCUCCUGUGGUCAGACUGUGUCCUGACCAUGACUACAUGACUACUGCUGACAUUAUGGACUCUCCAUAUGGAGUGUGUCUGCUGCUGUGUGGCUGCAUUCCAUCUGCAGUGGUGCACCACAACUUAUCUGAAUCGCGUACAGAGACUUGUCAGGGAUGCAUGUUAUCCCCGAUACUAUAUCACUCUUAUUUUAUCAGAUACUUGCUUUAAGUGCUAUUUCUCGCUAUGUGUAUGUGCAGCACAUGCUCAUAUUUUAAUAUACACCUACUCAACCUACACAAUCUGAGCAGCCUUGACACCCAGUAACCAUUUUAUUGUGAAAUCCACAAAGCACAGAAUAUCUGGUCAGCCAUGGCACUGUGGUGGCCCCUAUACACUGAUGACCGACAAAUUAUACAUAGAAAGAAAUGAUUUGUAGUGAGCAACGGGACCUUUACGGGAGGUGUACCUAAUAAUAAAGAGCCAAUUGAGUCAUUUAAGUUGAAUACAGGUGCCAUUUAGGUAAUAUUAUGGCUGCUCACUGUUUCUCAAUCCAGGUCCUGGAGUAGCACAGCCCUCUGGAUUCUGGUGUUUUCCUUGCUCCCAACUCUCCUUAUUCAACUGAUUUAUCCAGUACUGGAUUUGAAUUAGUGUGAAUUGGAUGAGUUACAUGAGAGAAGCACCAAAAUGUGCAAAGUAUUAGUACUUCAGGACCAUGGCUUAGAAACACUGUUCUCCUCCAUAUGGAUCAUUGGAUGUUCAGUACACCAGUAUUUCUAACUCCAGUCCUGCAAAACCCAUUGUCAUAUAGUGUUCACUGUAUGCAGCUCCCAGUAUACUUCAUCCAUUCCUGAUGUAAGUGUAGAAUCCCUGCCACAGACCACAAGGAGGCUUUUAUCUGUUGACCACACAUCUAGUAUGUGGUAUAAACCAAAAUAUUUUUAAAUUAUGCAUUUAGUCAAGUAUUACACUUUUUUCCCCCUUCUAAAUAGUAAAGAUGACCUGAGGUCUUAAUGGACUGCUUGGU